CCGGGGAAUUUAACAGCCAAAGGUGUUUUCUUAGACACCUACUAGCUGACAUUGGAGCCCCGAUUUUGGCGUGGCCAAGCCUUUCAGAGGGAAUGGAGUUACGGGUUGUGUCAAACUCUAUAUUUAGGAAGAACAACUGUAAGCAAUGACAGGAAUUCUCUUUUAACACUUUAGUUCCAAACGGAGUUCUACUCCAGCCCGGAGUGGCUCUCAGUGCUGGCUGGGACACAAAGCUUUUGAGUUAUUUCAGCCACACGAAGAGAACCAGAAAGAGGAUCACCGCUUACUGAACAUACUCUCUCCUUCCCAACCUCCUGGAAGCAUUGCGCUCGCUCACCUGACUGCGCGGAUUUUUUUUUUCUCUUAGGCACUAAAUAAAUAAAUAAACCAGGAGCUAGAGUUGGGAUCUGACCAACUUCCUGUAGACAUUCAGUACGUCUCAAGGAAUAAGACUUCCUGAAUAUGUCGAAACAGCCAGCAUCCAACGUCAGGGCCAUUCAGGCGAACAUCAACAUCCCAAUGGGAGCCUUUCGGCCAGGAGCAGGACAACCUCCCAAAAGAAAAGAAUUUACCCCUGAAACAGAUGAGAGCCUUCCUCCUACUACAGAAGAGAAGAAGGUACCUCCAGGAGCAAAGAAACUGCCAGGACCUGCAGUUAACCUAUCAGAGAUCCAGAAUGUAAAAAGUGAACUGAAAUAUGUCCCCAAAACUGAGCAGUAGUCAAAAAGAGAAAGGGCCUGACUUGAAGAUACAAGGAGAAAAAGAAUGGAUUCCAAUGAAUGUAGAUCACUAAGAUAUUUUAUAUAUUUGUACAAAGAUUAUUGGCUUCCUGAAUGCAAGAGACUCCAGAAGAAACAUUCUAUUUGUAUAUUUAUGUCUUCUCUUUCUUGUUGGCUGCCAUUUUUAAUUUAAAAUAUGCUUAUGGCACCUGAGGAACAAAGUAUCCAGGCAAGACUUAUUUGGGGGUGAGGGAGGGGUUGUUUUAAAAUGAAUUAUGAUCUAAUGAACAGAAACACAAUGUUAUAUCACAUUCAUUUUCAUUGGAAGUCAUAUCAAUGUGAUAUUUUAUCAAUAUUUAAAAGGAAUGAAGUGCAUAUUAGUUCUUCUACCUGUAACUUUUUAUGAGCUAAAGUAAAUGUCAAAUAAAUAUAGAAUGUAAAUCAA